CCGAUGUGCCUGGUGGCCGCACGCCAAGGGGGACCCGCGGACGCGCAGCCUCGCGUGUCAGCGGAAGCUGAUGGAGAACCGAGCUCUGGAUUCAGGGACUCGCGACUGCUAUGGUGCCACCAGCCACCUCCCCAACAAGGGGGCCUUGGCUAAAGCCAAGAACAACUUCAAAGACCUGAUGUCCAAGCUGACGGAGGGCCAGUAUGUGCUGUGCCGGUGGACAGAUGGACUGUAUUACCUUGGGAAGAUCAAGAGGGUCAGCAGUUCUAAGCAAAGCUGCCUUGUGACUUUUGAAGAUAACUCAAAAUACUGGGUUCUAUGGAAGGACAUACAGCAUGCUGGCGUUCCAGGGGAAGAGCCCAAGUGUAGCAUCUGCCUGGGGAAGACGUCUGGGCCGCUGAAUGAGAUCCUCAUCUGUGGGAAAUGUGGCUUGGGUUACCACCAGCAGUGCCACAUCCCCAUAGCGGGUAGUGCUGACCGGCCCCUGCUCACACCCUGGUUCUGCCGACGCUGCAUCUUCGCACUGGCUGUGCGGAAAGGUGGCGCGCUGAAGAAGGGAGCCAUCGCCAGGACCCUGCAGGCCGUGAAGAUGGUGUUGUCCUACCAGCCUGAGGAGCUUGACUGGGACUCACCCCACCGCACCAACCAACAGCAAUGCUACUGCUACUGUGGUGGGCCUGGAGAAUGGUACCUGCGGAUGCUGCAAUGUUACCGGUGUAGGCAGUGGUUCCACGAGGCCUGCACACAGUGCCUCAAUGAGCCUAUGAUGUUUGGAGAUCGGUUCUACCUUUUCUUUUGCUCCGUGUGUAACCAGGGCCCAGAGUACAUCGAGAGGCUGCCCCUGCGAUGGGUGGAUGUGGUUCACCUGGCCCUCUACAACCUGGGGGUGCAGAGCAAGAAGAAGUACUUUGACUUUGAGGAGAUUCUGGCCUUUGUGAACCACCACUGGGAGCUCCUGCAGCUUGGCAAGCUCACCAGCACUCCUGUAACAGAUCGAGGACCACAUCUCCUCAACGCUCUCAACAGCUACAAAAGCCGGUUUCUCUGCGGCAAGGAGAUCAAGAAGAAAAAGUGCAUUUUCCGCCUUCGCAUCCGGGUCCCACCGAACCCACCGGGGAAGCUGCUACCUGACAAGGGCCUGGCACCAAGGGAGAAUGGUGCCACCUCCUCUGAGCUGCGUAAGAGAGGAAAGAGCAAGCCUGGUUUGUUGCCUCACGAAUUCCAGCAGCAGAAAAGGCGAGUUUAUAGAAGAAAAAGAUCAAAGUUUUUGCUGGAAGAUGCUAUUCCCAGUAGUGACUUCACCUCGGCCUGGAGCACCAACCACCACCUGGCCAGCAUAUUCGACUUCACGCUGGAUGAAAUUCAGAGUUUAAAGAGUGCCAGCUCAGGCCAGACCUUCUUCUCAGAUGUGGACUUCACUGAUGCCGCCAGUACCUCCGGCUCCGCUUCUACCAGCCUUUCCUAUGACUCCAGACGGACAGUGGGCAGCCGCAAGAGGAAGCUGGCAGCCAAAGCGUACACGCCCCUGCGGGCCAAGAGGCGGGCAGCUGAGCUGGGUGGACGCUGCCCCUCGGACAGCAGUGCCGAGGUGGCUUCUGGCCCCGAGCGGCCAGAUGAAGGCAUCGACAGCCACACAUUUGAAAGCAUCAGUGAAGAUGACUCGUCCCUGUCCCACCUCAAGUCCUCGAUCACCAACUACUUUGGUGCAGCGGGGAGGCUGGCCUGUGGGGAGAAGUACCAGGUGUUGGCCCGGAGAGUCACACCAGAAGGCAAGGUUCAGUACCUGGUAGAAUGGGAAGGGACCACCCCUUACUGAGUGCCCCUUGGCGGGAUGCCAGGAGUCCUAAAAACCAAAGGAGGGACAGCAGAAGCCAUAGGCUGCCACUUUCCCCAGGUGGGGUGGGGGAGGGAAGCAGGACAGAGCUGCAAGUGCCAGGCCAGAGGCCCCAUGUACCUGCUCACCAGCCAAGGCCAAAGCCUGCACUGCCGCUUCACCAGCCGUACUCUCGCUUCUCAUGACCUUCAUCCCAUGCCUGGGUCUGAGGUCCCACUGGCUGGUUCUCAGUGUCUCUCUACACUCCACGCCCCUCAAACUCUUUGUCCCUCUGGAUUCGUGUCCCGUUGGCUCUGUAACCCACUUCUCCUCAGGCUCAAUCCUUUUGUCCCUGAGACUCAGUUCCUGCACCUCUCACCCCUCGUGGGUUUGUGUGUUUACACAUCCUCUAUGUGCACAUCUGUCCCUCCACUGGAUCCCUCACACCUCACCCCUGGGCGUCAGUCCUCCCUGGAAUCCCACUGGGAGAGUGGCUGAAGGUGGAACUUCUCUUCCUCCCUUUCCUGCCACUUCCUCUUGCUCCUAGAAUGUAUGUGUGCGUGUGUGUGCACGUAUGUUUGUGGGUGCCUCUGGGAAAACCCCUGUGGCAGAGACACUGGGACCCAGGGUGUGGGGCAUGCAGAGCUGCAGGUGGCAUCCGCAUCCGGCCUCAUCUGGAAGAAAACCAGAAGGGGGUGGGGUGGGGUGGGCCCUCAUUUUAGCUGCUUGCAGAGACGUUAGGAAGUGACUCAUUUGAUUGGAAAAUGGAAAGAAGUGCCUUGAUGGGAGUGGGGGCAGGGGUACCAAACUGGCACUAGCCUUGCCAACUGCUGCUGUGGCCUCCAGCCUGGUGGGGUUUUGCUGACUGCCAGCUGAACAGCGAAAGGGGAGAAGAGUGAGGGCAACAGCAGGGCUGAAGAGCUUGUUUGUGCACUCCUGGCCCUGCCCCCUGCCUGCCUGUGAGCACCCCAAGAGAUCUCUGACAUAGGUUAGCCGGCCUCUGCCUUAAACCUCAGCUCUCUAGUGCCUUUCAGAGGGAUCUCGCCUCCUCAGCACAGCCUGCUACUCGUCACUUCCUUGGUACUGCCAAGCAAGCAGGGACAAGUAGGCACUGGGCCCAGAUCUUAGCCCCACAGCUGCUGCCACUGAGCCCCCCAGAUGGGGCCAGGUGGGAGGGGAGCUGUUGGGUGGUGAGUGCCCAGCGCAGCGUGGGUGUGGAACCUGGGAUCCAGUCUGUGGUUUCCUGCUGGCCUUGGAGCACAGCAGGCUCACAGGCCUUCUCUUGGACUCCUGAGAAACCAGCCUGGGUGGGGCCUGUCUCAGCACCUUCCCUCCUUGGGCUUCAGAGAGACUGGGCCGGAGGGGAAGAGGGGGGAGGGGAGCCCACUUGGGAGGACAGCACAAGGCCUAGGAAGGUCACCUGAACCCCCCACUCUAGCAUUUCAUUGUUACCAGAUAAUAGCUGCAUUACUGCCAACUGACCUUAAUAACCUGUGCACCUUCUAAAAGAUCAUGGUUUUGAAUUGCUGCUUUUAACAACAUUUGUUAUAUUAAAGUUAUA